UCCUAGUGAUAGCUGUGAGCAAUGAUCAGUAGCAGGGAUGAGCACCAGGGAGAAAGGGAACAGCAGUGUUUCAUUAUUUUACUCUGGAUUAGCCUUGGAUGUACUUCAGCUAAAAGAAAGCAAUAUAUCUUCCUCAUACUACACAUGCAGCAGGGAGACUGCACUGCACACUACUUAAACUCGUACCAAAUGUCCAAGGACUCUGGUUCAUUUCUGGAUCUGAUAUACACAGUGGAGCCAGUUUUUCUCGUUAAAGCUGUUUAACCCUUGAUAGGCAAGCGUAUGUAGAAACUCAAGAUUCAUGUCUUCAGCUACUGUUAAUCAAAUGCAAGAUUGUGCCAUGGGGAAUCAAUGCUCAGUAAGUUCUGAUCCCAGCUGAAAUAAACUGUUAGCAGAUGCAGAGCCUUGGUAACCAUUUUCUGGAUGCUAUGCUUGCUGGAAACAUGGGCUACUAGGAACCCAUUGUACUCACCUAGCUAAGCACCCGUAUCCAUGUGCCUCUAGCGGACUAAGUGAGAGGAGGGUGCUGUGUUCCAUUACAGAUCCUAAGUGAGAAUUAUGAUAGCAACUGGAGGAGUUAUAACUGGACUGGCAGCCUUAAAAAGGCAAGACUCUGCCAGAUCACAGCACCUGCUGUCACGACCUACUUCACCACCUCCAGAUAAAAAACCAGUUCGACGGCGACCAAGAGCAGAUGUAGUCAUUGUGCGAGGAAAAAUACGCCUUUAUUCUCCAUCUGGCUUUUUUCUUAUCCUGGGAGUUUUAAUAUCUGUUGCAGGAAUAGCUAUGGCAGUACUUGGAUAUUGGCCACAGAAGGAGCCAUUUUUAUCUUCUGAAGUUACAGUUGAGGUUAACAGAACCAAAAUUUUGGAAGAAGCUGGGAUGAUGGUAAAAUUCUUUGAACAGCAUUUGCACUCAGAAAAGAUGAAAAUGUUAGGUCCAUUUACCAUGGGGAUUGGAAUUUUUAUUUUUAUUUGUGCCAAUGCUAUACUACAUGAAAACCGAGACAAGGAGACUAAAGUUAUUCAUAUGAGAGACAUUUAUUCAACUGUCAUAGAUAUUCACAGUACAAGAAUCAAGGAACAGAAACAUUUAAAUGGCACAUUUUCUGGUUUUUAUGGGGAAUCUGAAUUCAGACAUUCUGAAAAUUCAUGUGCAUCUAAAUUAGCAGCAAACACCAUUGCCUCAUUUUCUGGAAUGAGUGACAGCUACAAAAAUUGCAGCUCUAUGGGGGAUGAGGAAAACCUCCCUCGAGAAACCAAAACUUUUGCAAAUUUAUUACCCCCACUUCUCAUGGAAGGUUCUGGUUCAGUCUUUGGAAUUCCUUGUCAUUCAAACAAAUUAGGAGAUGAUAAGUGUGGAGGUUCCAAAAAAUGUGAGACAAAGUCAAUUGUAUCAUCAUCAAUUAAUGCCUUUACAUUACCUGUAAUAAAACUAAACAACUGUGUCAUUGAUGAACCGGAUAUUGAUAACAUCACAGAAGACUCUGAAAUUAAUAAUACCAGACCGAGGAAUAUGUCAGUGGAUUCAUUAUCUGUUCCUUCCCCAGAUAUUACCAGGCCUUUCAAACCUACAAAUGCACCCCUUACGAGAAGCUUUUCUAUCAUGGAGCCACUGCCAAGUAACCAUUCUACCACACCUGUACCAAACACUGGACAGCUUUUAUCUCCUGGAGCUGCUCGCAAGCCGUUUGGAUCUAAUACCUCUUUACAUAUUUUAUCUGCCCAUUCGAAAUCUUUAGACUUAGACAGAGGUCAUUCUACCUUGACUGUACAAGCUGAACAAAGAAAGCACCCCAGCUGGCCUAGACUUGACCGAAGCAAUAGCAAAGGGUAUAUGAAACUUGAAAACAAAGAGGACCCAAUGGACCGGCUAAUUGUGCCUCAAGCUCAGUCUGCUAAAAAAGACUACACAAACAAGGAGAAACUCUUGAUGAUUUCACGGUCCCACAAUAACUUGAGUUUUGAACAUGAUGAAUUUUUGAGUAACAAUCUUAAAAGAGGCACUUCCGAAACAAGAUUUUAAUAUGAAAUUAAAUAUGUUUAUGGUCCUAAAUUAAAAGUAUUUUUCCUGUUGAAAAUGUGUAUAUAAUAUUUUUUAACCAAAAGAUAUAAAGUGCAGAUAACUGCAUAUCUGCAUUGACAAUACAAAACUGCAAGACUGUAUCACUCAUGUGGGUUGUGUAAGCCAAAGAAGCGUUCCCAUGGAAUCUUAUUGCUUACUUGUGUCAUUUUAAUGGUCCUGUAUCUUACCUACAGAAAAAAAUGUGUGGGUUAUUUUAUGUGCUGUAUUUUAUAUAUUUAUAAUAAAACUAGUAAUAAUAUUGCCUACAAACAUUUUAACAGUGACAUUAUUAGACAUUUCACAUGAAAUAUGAUAUAUUUAUGAACCAAGUGAUACACAUUUUUAAACUCUAUGGACUAUAAAACUAUGUGAAAAUGUUUUCCUAAACAGUCGAUUGUGUUUUUUUAUCAAAAUAUCUGUUUGAAGAUUCAUAUGUGAAUUUUGUCAGGUAAUUCUUUUGCAUCUGAAUAAUUUACCUUUCAUCAUUUAAGCAUGUGGCAAUGGCUUGUAUAGGGCAAUUUGAAACUUUUCCUUAAAACUGACUAAUCAAAGGCAAUUAUGUCAUUAAUAAAACACUCCUUACACUCCAAUGUGUUUUAAAAGCAAGCUUCAUAUAUAUGUAUUUAUUUUUAGUUAACCUAGUUAAAUCUUAAAACCAUAGCUUGUAGAAAACAAUGGGGAAAAAAGCAAUUGAUGCAAGAAAGCACAAGAGAAAUUAAGAUCUCUCUCAUGUUUUUUUUACAUCAAUCACCCCAAAACCCAGGUGUAAUUUAAAUAUGCUGCAGAGUGACAAAUAAUGGCAUAAUGUAGUAAGGCCAGGCUGACCCCCGUGACUGCAGUUCCUCUUUGGCCACCCACCCACUUGCUCUUUUGCUGUUAAAGUUAAAGGAACGGUUCAGUGUAAACAUAAUAAUAGAUAGGCUGUGAAAUAUAAAACAUGUUUUUUUGUUAGUUAGCCAAAAAUGUAUUCUAUAAAGAUUGGUGUGAACAGAUAUCUCAUGUAAUAGUCAGAACACCAACCUCCUCCUUUGCAUCUCUCUAACCUGUUAAGGUGGCCAAUUUCAGCUGCCAAUAUUGGUCCUUUAGACUAAUUCGGCAGUUUAUCUGCCCUUUUAUGGGGACCAUCGACAGGCCUCCCUGAGAUCUGGACCUAACAUUUUCAUCUUUUCUGAAUGUAAAUGCUGUUAAAAGAAUUUUACCAUAAUCCCAGCUUCUUCGAAAAUUUUGGGCAGGUUUUAUCAGAUCCAACGGUGCCUAUGGCCACCAUUUUAAUUUGAUCGUUUGACCCUAGGGCCAAACGAUUAAAUUAUCCCUAUGUCACCCACCCAUAGGUGGG